AUGAGCUCUUCUGUGAAUGCCGGUGCCAAGGCAUUGCAAGAACGUCUGCACGAACUGAUUACUCGUUUGGCGGCGACGACCGAAUUGGUCAAGAAUUGGCCGGAAUCCAAAGACGACGAUGCGUCGAUUCACGUGGAAACGACGACGAAACUGAUCAGCCACAUCAACAACGUGAUUGCUUCGGUGCAACGAGUGGAUGGCGUCGUCAAGGCGGAUGCGUUACUGCGCAAGAACUUGCAAGAGUGUUUGAUUCCCUUGGAUUUGCUGGAUUUGUUGGAUCAUGGCAAUGGAUUGAAUCCAGACUGCUUUUCACGGGCACUGCUGCGAGAAGCACUGGGACAGCUAGCCGGACUCAAGCGACGAAAAUUGGCACUCGAAAUGCUGGGGGCGGCCGUACAGUCGGGGCUCAAUCGGGAAGUCGCCAAGGAACGAAAGAAACAACAAAAAGAAAAUACUAGUACUUCUACGGAACCAACCAAGAAAAAGAGAAAAUUAGAACUAUCCGGCAAAACAUCAUCAUCCGCAGCAGACAGCCCUGGUCAAGACGCCAAGGAACCACCCACCAAAAAACAAAGUGUCAGUUAG